AAAGCACCUUUGAUGCUUGCCGGGGGAUCAAAUCGAACAAUUCUCUCCUUCAAUACAACCUUCGACUUCAGAGAGUAAGGCACUCAAUAUCAUUUUCUUUGCAUCAACCAGCAUCUUCUCACUUUUACAUCUGCGUUUGCGGAGAGCCCACGCGUCAAGAUGCCGCGCCCACAGUACAUUAUCGAGCACAUGGAAGAGGACGACCCGGAUGCGCCUUCCACCUUCCCUCAGUGGGCGCUUCUCGAGUACCGGCAUAUGCUCACGCUCGUCGGAUCCUCCUCCGCGUCAUCUCCGUCAGACUCGUCGACAGUCCACUUUACUAGUCUUUCUAAAGCCUCCAUUGAGGACCUCCAGAAGGAACUCACAAAGAUCCAAGAGAGCGAGCCCGGUCCAUCAUCUGGACGAGCAGAGUUCAAGCUGCACACGCAAUCGAUCAGCAAUCUUAUGCAAGAGUGGGGUGUCUCACUAGAGAAGGUCUGCCUACUGGACCCAAAGGCGCCUCGUGCGAUCGAUGUAAGCGAUGCUGGCAAGUACCCAGCGCCAGCAAAACAGGCUGAGUGCGACACGCGCGACGGGCCAUUCGACUACUUCCUCUUCGGCGGCAUCCUCGGUGACGACCCGCCGCGCGACAGAACGGCUUCCCUGCGCACCAUGGGCUUUCCCGGCCGCCACCUCGGCAAGAUUCAGAUGACGACGGACACAGCGCUUGGAGUGACGAAGCGUGUCGUUGAGGACGGAAUGCAUCUCAACUUGCCACGGUCAGAGCAAGGUGCAUCGGAAGAAGGAGGACGCGGGAAUGGCGGCCUCGUCUGGGUCGACCAUCCUGAAAUCAAAUUUGGAGGCGGCGCGUCGGUAGAAAUGCCUUUCCGAUACAUGGCUGAGGAUGCAGGCGUAAAGGACAAGCGGCCAUUGAUGCCGCCAGGCAUGCGGGAACUCAUCAAGAGCGACCUCGAUCGCGCAUUUGAGUUCUGAGAAUGCACAGACUCUUCAUGCUCAAUCAUAUGCUUGUAACCUAGAUGACUCUUCAAUAAAUGCUGCAUGGCUUGGGCGCCUUUC